AUGAAGGGAACAAUAGUAGUAACUGACCCACAAAAACCUUCAACAAAUCUGUCGCUCUGUCCAGAAGACGUUUACUCUGCAGAUCAGCGCAGCUAUCGUUUUUAUGCUAAUGCUCCGAUUAGUCUGUUCGGCAUUAUCUCUAAUUUGAUGAACAUUGUUGUUUUUAUGGACAUGGAGAUGCGACAACAACUUGUAAACCAUUUCUUACUUGUUUUGUCCAUAUCAGAUCUACUCCUUCUGAUUUGCAAUUUUUUCUUCCUUGUACUUCCUGUAGUUGUUGUAGAGACUGACUCCUUUUUCUGGAAUGACUUUUUCCCAUAUAUCAUACGUUACUCGUAUCCACUUGCAUUGACUGCUCAGACUAGCGGCGUUUAUUUGACAGUUCUCGUUAGUUUUCAUCGCUUUCUGGGUGUGUGUCAUCCUUUCAAGGCAAAGAGAUGGGUCUCGUUGGCACCAGUAGAAAGUGCUAUAGCUGGCUCGAUUCUCUUCAGUUUUGUCAUCAACAUUCCUACAUGGCUGGAACUUGGAGUGGUGCCCUGUUUAUCUUCUCGGUUUAAUCAAAUUUCUCGGUUUAAUUUAUCUAAAAGGAAUACUUCCAUUUAUAAAUAUUUAAGACAGAUCCAACUUGCCCCAUUUCACAACAUAACCUACAUUUUGAUAAAGAAAUGCAUUGCAUAUACUAUUCUAAUGUUUAUAGUACCAUUUGGUGUAUUAAUAACUGUUAAUUGGAAGAUGGUUCAAGCGCUCCGCUUUAGUAGCCGAAUGAGGCAAAGAAGUUAUUCUACGAAUAGACAGACAAGUAAUGAAAAUAUUGUUAAGCAGUUGCAUUUACUUCGAAAAUCACGUAUGCUGAAGCCUUCAUCAGAUCUGUUUAAACCAAAAUUUUCCAACUCAACUCGUGAUCGCUCAAUCACAAUGAUGCUCUUAGCCAUAGUUGCGCUUUUUCUCCUUUGUAACGGACUUGCGUUUCUUAAUUCAAUAAUCGAGUCAAUUAUGCUCUUUGCUAGCGAUGAGAGUAACAAAAACGUCUUACCGGCUCCAAGUUUAAUGGAUCAACCCUUAAAUUCACUAUCUAGCUUAAAUCAAAAUAUGUCAAAUGCAUCUCACGUAACUGAGUCCCCAGAUAUUUAUACGGAAAUUGAAGAGUAUCUGAAUCAGAAAAUGCUAAAGUGGUUUGAAUGCUCAGUUGAGAUCUCAAACAUUUUGAUUACUUUGAAUUCAUCUACAUCUACUCUUGUUUAUAUAAUAUUCAGCUCAAAAUACCGUUUAAUUUUUAAGUCGCUUUUUGGAUUAUCUAAACGGCAAAAGGUAAUACUUUACAUCUCUUAUGUAGCAUCCAACUUCAACUCUGAUAAAGUCUUAGCAAUUAUCAGCGGAAUAUUUUAUAUGAAUGUUAUUAAUUUAAUAUUUUGUUCAUUUCAGUUCAAUCGUGUUGCAUUGACUACAGCGAUGGCCGCAAGAAGAGUUGUAGAGUUAUCUCUUAUUCCAGAGGAAGUUGAAAGUCGAAGUAGAAGAAAGAAUACAACAGCUGUAACUACAGCAGUUACGUCAACUACAGCAUUGAACGAAGGAAGCUUCAAAUCAGCAAAAUAUUCCACAUUUGAAAGGGAGAGAGUUGAUUCUCAGUCUAAGAACUCGACAUUAAAACUAAAUAAUCAGCUGACAUGUGGUUACAAGAGAGCAGCACCAACUUGUAAAAGACCGAUAGUAGCAGCUUUUUCCGUACGUGAAAGUCAAAGUAGUGUCCAGCUAUCGACAUUUACCUCCAUCAAAACUAAUCAACGUGGAACUGAUUAUCACUCAAGGCAGCGUCAUCUUAUAGAGAAAGAUACACCACCCGUCUUGUAUCGUUCUAGCAGAACACUUAGUCGUUCACUUACAAAUUCUGAAUCUAAUUUAAGGUAG